UCUUGGUUCUGUGUGUAUUAAUGAUCUGUCUUUGCUAUAAUCACCACUCGUAUAUUUUAAUAUGUUUAUAAGUUGAAGCAUUGCCCUUCUGCUUUAUUAUCUCCGUGUUUCUAUAUAUUCUCCAUAUACUCUAUACACAUCUACUGUCCCUCUUUCUUGUCCUUUUCAGAAAAGCCGAGGAUAGGAGUCAUGUCGACGGGCGGCAGCUCCUUGGGGUUUGUCUACAGCGACUACAACGCUGCCCUGAGACAGUUCCGGGAGGCCAUCAUUGAUCAGUUGCACGAACCCAAGAGGGCUGGGCGGCCAGAGUUCCGGUUUGUGGAGGACAACGGCUGGCCGGUGACCACGCGCCAAGAGACGUCGCUGACGGUGCUGGACGUUAUGAGCAACCGGAGCCUGUUCAUUCAGAUGGGCGCACAGCCCACGGGCGUCGUGGCACCCAGCAGCAUCAUGGCGCCGCCGCUGAGCAACGCCCUGGUGGCGCCACGCUCGUCUCAGGCGCCCUUGGCAGCGCUUCCCGCCGAAGAGUGGGAUGGCAAGCGCAAGAAGUCCGUGCGCUUCGGCAGGUUUUCUUCCGGCUGGUUUGGUCGGUUCUCAGUGAGGUAAGGCGACGUUACUGUGUGUCGCGCAUGCGUGCACGGCCGUUUCGUCUUUUUGGAAUGGUGUGGCCCUGUUACAGUCCUCCACAACCGCAACAUCGCGCAAGGUUAUAUGCACUCCAAGAACAAUGGAACUGCUAGCAAAAGGCAACUGCUUUUCCCGUAUAUAGUCCUAACACAACCCGUUGGAGUGCGUUUACUCUUUGUUCCAAAUACAGUCACCAGAAAUUUUCCAUUGACUCUAGUUCCCAAGGAGAGUGAACGCAUUCUAUAGGGGCGUGUGAGAACUAUCGAAAAUGGGCGUAUACAUACGGGAAAAUGAGCUGCUAUUACUUCCUUUGUUCUUCAAGUAGCCUUUUUUUUAAUCAACAAGCGGCGUUCUCUGAGUGGCGGAUGUAUGAAGUGUGAUCCCAGACACCUGCGCAUUGCAGCUGCAAAUUGAUUAACAUUUGCGGUUCGUUAACGUGCUAACAACUGCAUUUUAUCCCCGUGGGCUUUUUGACGUGUGUAGUUGCAUGAUUAUGGCCCACUUUUGUGUUUUGAAAUAACACACCUGGUGCAUUAGCAGACCUCGACUAACUGUCACACGCGCACAGGUGCGUCUUGGCAAUCCACGCACAAAGACAAAGGUCACUUUAUCUGAAAACUACCCACUUCUUGUCGUCGACAGGAACG